CCGCGCCCUCGUUGCGGUAUAAUUAUCAUCGUUUAUAAAUUUGUCGUGCUUUGACGUUGUUACAAAUUUAUGGUUUAAAAACGCAAUCAGUAUUUUUAAAUACAAACGUAACCUCAUUACUGUAAUGGUACAGAAUUAUGUUUGGUAAGGCUAAAAAGUAUUACGAGCAACGACCAUAUACAUGACUUCCGUUGAAAUACCAAGACUGAGGUUGUCUCAGUUAUGACAGUAAAUUAUUCUGUUCAUGCACCCUACCAAAAGUCAAGACAAAAGAUUUUGAGAGUGGUCUGGCUAGAAAAUUGGAUCAUGGUUGUUUUAUAUCUCUGAAGUUAUGCUAGUACCCACAUUUAUGCAAGCGUACCAAUUUUUACUUUUUAAAGAAAAAAUAUUAGAGGAAAAAGCUGCCAGUGGCCAGCACUUGAACAAGAACUUGUAUGCUGGGCCGAGGAGCAACGAAAAAGUGGGUUCGUCGUCACAAGAAAUAUGAUUCGUCUGCGAGCUUUGGCUUGUGCCAAGCAAAGCAAGAUUACCGAUUUGUAAAUCGAGGAACAUUGUCAAGAUAUGACCAGCUUGGAACUGAAAGAAAAAGAAAACUUUUCAAGGCUAGUGAUGCUAGUGAUUGAUAAAGGAACUGAAGCUUUAAAGAAGGCGUUUGAUAACAUUCAUCCUCCUUCAAAACUACAUUCUGUGUUAAAUGCUAAUCGAUCGGUUCUUUCAAAAUUAAAAAAACGCGGCGUAAUAAACCAGCACCAAUGGGAGUUACUUUUCCCUUCUAAUCACACUACACUAAAUUCUGAAAAUUUUGACAUCACAUUAUUUACUGUUCUCUUCCGUAACAUUUGUUGUUUGUCACCUCCAAGGGCAGGAUGGAACAGUUCUCCUGACUCUGAAGACAAAUCUCUUUCUGCCAAUAUUAUCAGAUUAAAACUCAUAAGAAAUAAAUGUUUUGCUCACGUUCCAUCCACUCGGUUGGACGAAGUUUCCUUUGAAUCAUUAUGGACUAAAACUUCUGAUGUUUUGAUUGAUUUAAAAAUUUCUCAAGAAUCCAUUGAGAGAAUUAAGAUGACUUCCUUAUCAGCUAAUGAAAAUGAGUAUGUAGAAAUUAUCACAAAAAUGAAGAAUGAUGAAGAGGAACUUAAAGAAAAGCUCAACGAUAUGCAAUCUUCCAUCGAUGAUUUAACAGUAAUGGUCAAAGAUGGUUUUUCUCCCUCUUCAAAGAUAAGACGUUUACAAAAUGAUAAAGGUAUUUUACAAAAAUUAGCUAAGCAUAGUUUCCAGAGCAAAAUUCAACAAAAGCUAAAGUAUUUCUUUCCUGGAUCAAGAAAAUGGCUUUUAAACAAAAUUGUAAAAAAAUUGUUAAGUCAAGACAAAGUGCUUUUGAUAACUGCUGGUCCUGGUUUUGGGAAAAGUUUAUUUUCUGCUAAGAUUUGUGAUGAUUAUGCAUCAAAGGGUUUACUUGCUGCCUGUCACUUUUGUGAUUAUUGUAACUCAAAUUUGAAUGAUCCUAUGUUGAUGCUGCAGUCUCUGGCUAGUCAAAUGUGUGACAAUAUUGAUGGUUUUGAAGAUAAACUGCUUGAUCAACUGGAGCGACCACACAAAGUUAAUAAACUAAACGAAGCAUUCCAAAUUUACCUUCAAAAUCCACUUGAUGCAUUACAUAUAGAAAAACAAAUGCUGAUUGUCAUCGAUGGCUUAGAUGAAAGUGAAAAUAAUGGGAAAAAUGAAGUUUGGGAUUUAGUUGCGCAAGAGUUUUCAAAUCUACCGGCAUCUAUAUAUGUAUUAGUUACAAGUAGACCAGAAAUAUCUGCUUCAAAUGUUCAAGGUGUUUGCAAAAUAAAUAUAACAUCGGAUAACGAAGAUAACACUUCAGAUAUUGAGUCUUAUUUAAAUUUUGAACUUGAAGAUUUUUACGAAGAUUAUGUAAUCAAACAUUUAGCAACAAGAUGCGAAGGUUCAUUUUUAUUUGCUUUUCAUCUUCAAGAUCAAUUAAAAAAACGAGGUAGGAUAGACAAGAUGAAACUCAACGAGUUGGACGAGUUUGUUCCACAAAGCUUAGAGAAAGUUUACCUGGAAUAUUUCACGAGAUUCAAAGAAGAAGUAAAAAAUGGAAUCCAGAAUGACAUUAAUGUUAACAGCAUACUACAACUAUUUGCUGCUUGCAAAGGAAAAUCUCUUCCACUCUCUUUUGUCUCUCGAUCUCUUGGCUUGUGUCCUGAGUCGAGUGAAUCAAGAAAAAUCAUUGCGAAAGUCAAUGAAGCAGUGUCGUGCCUUCUCUACGUAUUUGAUGAUGAAGUGACCGUCUUUCAUAAAACCGUCAUUGAUUGGCUUCUGGCUAGAUGUGGUUAUAAGAAACAUGAGUAUUUCGUUGAUAUAAUUGACGCCAAUCAGAGUUUUCGGCUGCUGUGUGAUGAAAUUUUUCACCAAAUCAAACGUCGGGUUCUUUCUGGAGUUGUUUUGAAGCCAACAGUUGAAGAAAGGUACGCCUUAGAGUUUGGCUUAAAACAUCUUUUGGAAUGUGAAGUUAAUGAGUGUCAUUGGUAUACUGAUGCUGCUAUUAUUUGUGCAACAUUGAGCUUUUCACGAAAUGUUUCUUAUGAACUUAUAGACAUUUGGAGCAUUAUUUUAAAGAGAUCGAAGGACAUUUCUUGCCAAUUGCGUGCUCGAAUUUCGUGGCAUAUCACAAAAAUGAAAUUAGUUUAUCCAUUGAAUGUCCCUCCAACUCUUAAAGCUUAUCUAUAUUUAGAGAGUUGCAUGCAUUAUGAAGAAAAAUUCUUUAAUGAUAAGGAAAUGAAAAUGGUUUACUCUCUUUUGGAAAAAAUGCCGAAAUUUGUUUAUAAUAAGCGAGGCAAAGUAUAUGAUAUAAUGCUGGAUACCUGGAACUCAAAGCACAUAAAAUCAUAUUGUUUCUCAAAAGAUAAAAGAAUAGCUAUUGUGCUCCACUUUCGUGGGUUAAUCACUGUACUAUCUGUCCCGUGUUUAUUCGAACUUUGGACACAUGACAAUAGAAAAAGAGAGAAUAAUUGUUGCGUGCUCUCACCCGACAACAACAUUGUUUUAUUUGGUAGGUUGGAUAUUGCCCUUUGUUUGAACGAACAAAGAGAAGUGCCUUUCUUUCAUGGAUAUGACGAGCAUUUCUUGUCAUGCGCAUUUUCUCCCUCUGGCCAAAGACUUAUUACUAGUGAUGGUUCAUGCUUUGUCAAAUUGUGGGACGUACAGCGUCAAAUCUUGCUGAUGUCUUUAUCGGCAACUAGUCUAGUUGAUUCAUGUGCAUUUAUUGCAACAGGCGCCGUAAUCGUUGCAGAUGAUCACGAUUUUCAGGAAAAUGAGUUUUACAUUCAUAAUGAUUAUGAAUUGAGAAGUCAUUUUGGUACUGAGCGUUGUUGUCAAAACUCUUUAUUUGCUGGAUAUGAUUUCUGUGCAUGGAACGCCAUUACAGGGCAAAGAAUUGACAAGCAAAUGUUAGAUUGCUGUGAUUUGAAUAGAAUUUACGAUACUGAUUUACCCAGAAUUUGCUACAGUUGUCAACAACUUGGAUCAAAUGAGCUAUACAGCUUAAAGAAGGUCAAAGCAGUAUCAUGCUUUGAUUAUCAUUAUAGCGAAAAUUGGCCACUUGAGACAUUUUUCUACAAUGGUCAGAAGUGUGUAUGCGACGUUGAAGGAAAUUUGGUGAAAUUUAAAGAAAGUACGCAUUACGAAGUAGUUACGUCGUUUCCUUUGUUUCAAACUCCUUUCGCUUUUCGAAAAAUAUCACGAUUGAAGAAUGACAUGUUUUGUGUUGGCAACCAUGAUGCUCUGUACGUUUUUAAAGUCACUGACUUCUAUGAAGAAAAGAAAAAUUCCUCCAUAUCGUUUUCUCCAGACGGUUCUCGUCUUGCAAGCUGUACAUCAGACGGUUUUAUAAAAAUAUGGAAUGUCUAUACCAGUGAAGUUGUACAAAAAUUCUUCAUCAAUUCUGGCUAUUUUUAUGUUGCCUGCUGGUGGUCCAAACAGUCUUUGUUUGUAUUUGAUCAUGAAAACAGAAUUUCACGAUUAUUGAAAUACUCCGUCGAUGAGGGUUUAACGGUACAGUUUUGGAAAUGUGAACAAGUCUCACUUUCUCAUUUGGUUAAAUGGCUUGAAAAUUUGUCGAAAGUUGUUGAUUUUUACAACGGAUUAUUGAUUUUGGAGUGUGAUUUUGAGAACACUUCAGUGAAAGGCGCUGUUAAUGCAAUUCAAGUCAGUGAAACCUUACCCCCAGAAAUUCUUGUAACAGAUUCAAACAACGUUUCUGUUUCAUCUGACGCAAAAUACAUUUUUAUAGACAAAGAGUCGUCUUUAGGGAUAUGGAAAAAAGAUGUCGACAAAAAUUUGACACUUAUUUAUUCGUUUCCCCGCUCACUAGACUCUAGUAGUGAAACAGAUAGUGAUGACUCACGCUCAUACCACUUAUUAAAUUGUUUUGAUAAAUGUUUCUUCAACGGCAACUCCAUAUUCUUCUAUUUUAAUUGUGAACAACAGGAGGAUGAUGAACAGUACAACACUAUUUGCUUUGUAAAAAUGGACUCUCUUGAACAACAGGAAACGAAAUGUUGUUUUGAACAUAGCAUAUCACAUAUGUUUUACUUAUCUGAAGAAAGAAUUCUUGCAAUUGCGUGUACUGAUUUUCUUCAUUUCUAUGACUUGAAAUCCGGUAAACUUCGGGGAAUGUCUUCACUACCAUGCUCUACAGAAUAUUUGGCUAUUGUUAAACUUUGUCCUAAAGAGAAAACCUUAGCUUUUGUAAAAACUAAUGGUGACAUAGUAUUUUGUAAAAAGUAUAUCUCCUAAUUAAUAAUUGCUAGGAAUCGAAUGUGCAGUCGACACAUUUUUGAGCAAAAGAAAUAUGGAAUGCUGCAAUGACAUGCUUAUUUAAUUCAAGAAAAGAUUGAAAUAAUAAUUUUUAUGCUCUUAUAGAAAA